AGAAACAGACAGCAACUUGUGGGAUUACUACCUUCGACACUUCCACACAUUCCUUUAGGAUACCUUUCUCCUACGGCCUCGUGUGCGACUCUUUAAUCUACCAAGCACGUCUAGCGAUCGCUGGUGUGGCUGGUUAAACCCCGUCGCUUUGGCCGUUAAAAUUACUACCUAGUAUAGGACGAGAAGUACAGAAAAGUCGCCCAUCCGACUUGACAUUGUGACAUCGCGUCAUUCCGAAUUCUUUCGGCUUCGUUAACUAUUUACUACUAUACGAAGUAAAACUGCCCAUAACUAUCAUCCGUGGAGAGCAUUUACUAUUGCUUCUCCUGAUGAGGGUCGGAUGAAUAAUCGAUAAUGUCAACUGCUAGAUCCGAACAUCUGACUAUUGGCUACCCCCCUAAAUCAGCCAACGGUCGUUCUACUUCACCAACCGCCAACCUACCUCCGGUUGACUCGCCCGGCGCAUCUUCCGUUAGAUCUCCCUUCGGCAUGUCUGGUGUCUUGAACCCGCCUGGCAAGAUGGCAGGUACCACGCGUUCCGGGGCUGGUUCUCCUUCGCACGAGACUGCUGGUUCAAGUAGGCUCUUCUCCAAGAGAGCAAGAGAAAUUCAAGCUCAAGAAGGUGUUCCUGGAUUGUCUGGUAACCCCUGGGGUGGCCCGCCGACCAGUGGAAACUCGACCCCUCUGCGAGAGAACAUACCCGAGUCCCCAACCGAUGGAUUUCCCGACUUCGCCCAAUUGCCUACCCCGGACAGCUUGCCCUCGACUCGGCGUGCGCGAGCAGGCACUGUCCCGUCCCGAUUCCCCGCUGGUGGUAUAGGAAAUGGUCUCCUUAAUCUCCCCUCGAUUUCUUCCCAAUCGACCCGGCCCACGCCGUCCCAGAGCCCGUUUAAGUCACCGUCUCCGGGUCUGGAUCCGCCAGACUCAGCUCGAUCUUCGAAUUUAUUAUCAAGGCUCCGAGCUGGUUCUAUGCCACAGCGCAGUCCUUUCUCCCACGGGCCUGGGAGUAGCUCGCCGUUCGGCCCUUCGGUAUUUAGUACAUGGAACCCGACUGGCCGUGAGAGGGGCAAUACUCUUGCAAGCAUAGCAAGCAUUGGGUCAAAUGGACCAAGCUCGCCGGCCCAGUCUGCGUUCUCGAAGGAGGGACCUGGAGACAACGAUGUUCAUAUGAGAACUCUCGACUAUCUAGGUCUGGCCGAGACUCCGCAGCCGGCUCGUGCUCAGUUAGCUACGCCUUACUUGCCUGGUCUUGCUGACUUCACUAAACAAGCUAACCGAUUCCGAUCUUAUUCUGUCAACAACAAGGACAAGUAUGCAGAUGAGGAGGAUGAUUAUGACGAGGACAGUCUGGCCCUCGAGAGCCAAUAUGCUGCACAUCUUCAGGACCAGCUAGCUGCUACUAACGCUGCUAUCCACAGUCAUAACUUAGCUGUUCAGGGGCUGCAGGCGUUUGCUUCCCAAGCAUCAGUCACUCGACCACGUGCGCGAACGGCUGGGGUUUUGGAGCUGCAAGGAGCAGGUUCAAGGUUGAUGCGGAAUUACUACCCUACUCCCUCUCGUCUUGAUAGCUCAAUCACAGCUGCUGAGAUUCGAUUGCCAGAGGAGAAGGAAUUUGACGACCUUCCCGCGGCCGUGGCCGGAAUGAAUCUAGGCAGGUCGAACAGUCGGAACAAUGGUCUGUUAACGGCGGAAGAGGCCGGUCUCGAAGGUCCCACGAGUGCUCUGUGGCUGGGUAGUAUUCCAACAUCAACCACUACGUCAACCUUGACCGAGAUGUUCAAGUCGUACGGUCCUAUUCUAUCGGCAAGAGUGUUGACUCACAAGAAUUGCGGUUUCGUAAAUUUCGAGAGGGUUGACAGUGCUAUCUCGGCGAAGGCGAGCAUGAAUGGUAAGGAGAUCUUCCCUGGAGCUGGUCCCAUUCGGAUUAAUUUCGCCAAGCCACCUUCUGCCUCGAAUACACCUGGUCAUGAUGGAGUGUUCCCAAGUCCCAGCCCCGAUCCGUUCGCGAAGAGUCAAGAUGGUACUACUCCUGGCACUGCCGGUCCUGCGGGAGAUAACGCAGCAUCCGCAAACACGACCAACGCGGCGCCGGUGAUUCCACCUCUACGUGACAUGACUGGAGAUAUCCUUCAAAUUGUUAAGUCCUUCGGCGCAACUGACGACGAUACCUACCGUAUUUCCCACAACCUCCAGCAGGCUAUACAGUACAACGCUUUUGUCGAUGAGAUUCCUCCGAUUCGCGAGCCUACGCAUACUAGGGUUCAUGAUGCGCCCAAAUUGAGAGAUAUCCGGAAGCGCAUUGAUAACCAAAGUUUGUCUCAAGGCGAAAUCGAGCACAUUGCAACCGAGAUGCUUUCUGAAAUUGCGGAGUUGUCUUCGGACUACCUUGGCAACACCGUUGUCCAGAAGCUGUUCGAGCACUGCUCGGACAAUAUCCGGGAUCUCAUGUUGGCCAAAAUCGCUCCUCAUAUGGCUGAAAUCGGUGUCCACAAGAAUGGAACAUGGGCAGCUCAAAAGAUCAUUGAUGUUUGCAAGACGCCUCACCAGAUGACUCUGAUUGUUCAGCAUCUGAGGGCAUAUACUAUCCCGUUGUUCCUGGACCAGUAUGGCAACUAUGUUUUGCAAGGGUGUCUCAAGUUUGGUGCACCAUUCAACGACUUCAUCUUCGAGACCAUGCUUGGCAAGAUGUGGGAAGUCGGUCAAGGUCGAUACGGUGCCCGAGCAAUGCGCGCUUGUCUUGAAAGCCACCACGCCACUAAAGACCAACAGAGGAUGCUCGCUGCUGCCAUCGCUCUUCACAGCGUUCAGCUGGCUACCAAUGCGAACGGCGCCCUUCUGUUGACUUGGUUCUUAGACACGUGCACAUUCCCUCAGCGACGUAGCGUUCUGGCUCCUCAGCUUGUCCCCUAUCUCGUCCACCUCUGCACACAUAAAGUUGCCUAUCUUACUGUCCUGAAGGUUAUUAACCAGAAGGCCGAGCCAGAGGCGAGAGACACAAUUCUUAAGGCAUUAUUCUUUACUCCUAAAGAUCAGAUCUUGGAGGCUAUCUUAAGCGAUCACUCCUGUGGUGCUACGCUGAUCUUCAAGGUCCUCACGACUCCCUUCUUUGACGAGAGCAUCAGGGGUCAGGUGGUAGAGAAUGUAAAAAGUGUCCUCGUGCGCAUUAAGGCGCAACCUAACCAAGGCUAUAAGCGUCUAAUGGACGAGGUUGGUCUAUCUACUCGAAGCGGUGGUGGAGGGGGUGGAUCCCGCGAUCAUUCCGUAGGUAAUAACGCAUCGACCGAACGACAACGACCCUCUUCUCGCCAGGCUCAAUCGAAUGCCAACGCCGUGCAACAGAACUCUCAGUACGGCAACCAAUACUUAAACCCGCUGAAUCCUGCUAGUGCGGCCUCGAAUUUUGAUAUGGGUGGCUUCCCCGGUCCUAGAAGCGAGAGCGUGGAACCCGGCAUGUCUGCAUUCCCUUCAUACGGACCCCAGGGUCCGAUGUAUAAUGCAAGCAGCGGAUCGAUGGCACCGGUAAACCUCCAGCAAAUGCAGUACCAGCAGAACAUGCUCCCACGUGGAACUCCGCCGAUGAACAAUUAUUUCCCACCCAUGCAAGCGGGCUUCGGAGGCUACAACAACGGUAGCCCUUCAAUGGACCAAUAUCGCGGCCAGAACGCGGCAAAUGGCAGCCCCAUUCAACCGCCUGGGGCUCCCACCGGUUAUGCGCCUCCUGGUUUCAACAUGGGAGUGAAUAUGGGAGGUUACGGGUAUGGUAAUGCCAUGCCUUACAUGCAGGAGCAACCGGUCAACGCCAGGCGCGGACGCGUAGGUCAACCCCCUCAAAGGAAGAGGUCGCCUCGACCAUGAAUUCCGAUGAUGCUGACCAAUGACUUCAGAGAUGAUCUGAUAAGUCAUCUUAACUGUUUCGCAUGAGAUUAGAUGCUUAUCUACAUCCUCGUGCAUCUACUUUCCCGAAUUGCAUGGCUGUACCGAUAUGGGAGUUGGUUGGCUUAUCAUAUUUGAUUUAUAUUUACAAGUUUGUGUG